GGCCGAUCGAAAUACAAAUGAUCAUGAACAGAACCGUUAAUUCACACGAAGAGCCAGUGUGCACAACGAUAAUCAUGUCUGCCUCUUGCAUUCACACAACGCGCAGCUUAUUACUCAAUCAGGCAUCACUCACUGUCCCCUCAGACUAUGCACACGCACGGGCAGUUGUGAAUUGUGCCUGCGAGGAAAAGGCAGGGAAGGAAAGAGACAGGAAGAGUUUUCGGUGACUCACAGAAAGCUCUCGCUCGGUUUGCCCAUCAGGGUGGCGGGAGCUCCCUUAGCGACACUUGUCUCCUCCGCCUCAUCCAGCGGGUUGGACUGUGCACGUAAAGCGAUCAGAUGCUGAGACUCUCUUCGCACGUCACUUGAUUGCCCUCUCGAAGCGAGUGUCAUCGCCUCGGUGGCUUUGCUCUUCGUCUCAUGAACAGCUGGCAGGACAGCUCUGCCCUCCCCAACGUCAGUGGAAAGCUCAAUGGGGAGCGAAAUAGGAAACGAAUCUGAGGAAAAGUCACGUUUCCCCAUCAUGUUGCGUCUUGUGGGUGUUGUUAUGCGUGAUUACCUGACCUUCGUGCCUCCAGUGAUGGGCAGCCACACCGGCAUUCUGUGCCAUGCCAAAGUCCUCCAGUCCUCCUCCACUACUCGUAUCACACUUCGCGAGAGCGUCAGGGCCUGAAGCAUGAAGACAGGAAGAUUGGCCGAGCCGCAGGAUGUGUUUUCUUCUGUUUACCGCCGCCAUGGUUGACGAUGGGGAAAAUUUGAUUGAAGCGCAGCAUCAGAAGCAGGAAGAAUAUCACCCAAAAAGAGAAAUGCCAUAUCCAAUACAUAUCGGGACUGACAUCAGACAUACACAUCCACAGAUCCGUUCCAGGCAGGUCGUCUCCGUCUCCACCCCUGCUAUUGCUUACGUCGGUAUGCCGUAGACAGACAGGUAAAAAAGAAAGCCACAUCCCCAUAUGAUGGCCAAGCUUAUCGUCGCCCUGAUAAUGUACCGGCAAGAAAACCAGCACACUGUGGUCCAUGACCGCUUGUGUUAUUGCGACGUACCACAGCCAGUGAUAUUCGAGUGACGGCCCAACCCCUGGGAGGGCGUAGUCAACCUGAAGAGUCAGCCACGUUGCAGAAAGAUCAGCCACGUCAGUAGAGGGACGAUUCAUACCUGCAGUACGUGAGUGAGUAUGACAACCACCCAAAGCGUCACACACGCCAACAAGAAGCCGAAGAGUAGCUGCAUGGGGGUACCAUAUCCUGAAGACACGGUACGAUAUGUUCUGCCUUAUCCUGUCUGAGGCGGGUCACCUCCCGUCCAGCACAUCCCGAUCUUCGUCCCAGCGGCUAUGAUAAUCGAAAGUUGAAGCAGUACCUAUGAAACAAAAAGAAAAUGCUCACGUCUGGAUUCGUCAGGACGGACAGCAAUUGCACCUGGCAGUACGCAAUGGAAGAAUACUGGCAUGAACAGCACUCGCGAAGAACGCGAAGACCCACGUAGUUCGAAACACGCCAUGGAUCACUACGAGUACAAACGAUGUGUGCACAUCAGAUGCGCAGAGACGGAAUGCGUACCGGCACUUUCUGAUCGCGACGAAGGCGGUGGCAAAGGCCCAGAAGCCCUCAAUGUAGGAAAACUCAGAUAUACGAGAUCGGCGCACCGCAUCGUCUCUGCAACAGAGUGCAAAUAUCAACCGUCCUGAUUCCCUUUAGUUCCUUCUCACUGUGACUGGCACGUCAUCCAGGUAGUUUCAAGGCUAUCGCUGUUCCCGUACACUCGCCAGCCGUACAGUGACGCGUGGAAACUGCAUUCAACAUACAACCGGAUGGCAAAUCCGAUGUGGUGCCGGCAUUGACACUGACCCAAGGAAGUAAAGUGCCAUAUAGAGUGACAUCCAAACCGCUGCAAACACAAAUCCACAUCAACACGGGUACGUCACGUGCAACGCUCUCCUUACAGUUCCAGUGAAUUCCCAGCAAACAACUCGCCCUUCUCGUCCUCGGGGAAGGAUCGGCAUCGCCCACGUCAUCCUCAUCUCGUGAAGGCGACUGCCUGGGGCCACUGAGGGCCACCGCCCGGGCCUGUGGGUGGCCUCUCAGCUGAGAUUGUUGCGUCACGAUGGAUGUGAGUCGCGGGUGGGAGGACGGCCGCCGGUCUCGCCAGUGGAAGCACACCAAGAUCAGCUGCACGGCGAGUAGGACGUAAAAGAUGUCGUGAUGCACCUUUGUGCUGCCGUGGCAACUGGUGUAGUAGCGCAUAGCUGCACACAACGGAGGAUGAAUGAAUCCAAGAUGCACGUGCCGGAUUCAUGAUCUUACCGUCUGCGCUGACGUUUGAGAAGGUGAUAGAUAUGGCGAUGCACGCGACGGUGAGAACGAAGAAGAACAUGGAGAGGUUCCCGAAAGCCAUUUCCGCUUGGAU